AUGUCAUAUUUAUUUAAAGUUUGGUCUGCCAACAGAAAACAAAAAGCGUCACUUGUAAUAAAUGAAUCUGAUAACAUGUUAUCUCAGCUUAUUACAAAAAGUAAUAUUAAAUUUGGUAUUACCGGUUCUAUUCUUGUUAUGGAAAAGGAUGGUACAGUUGUCAACGAUGAUGAUGUUUUAAAAUUUUGUUCUGGCGAAACAUUUAUAUUACUACAACAAGAAGAAACUUGGUUGUCUCCAAAUGAAACGGAGUUAUAUAGUAUAGUAUCCUGCAACAGUUCGUCCUUAAUUUCGACUUUAAACGAAUCUACUUCUGAUUCAUCAUUAACAUCAAACUCGCAAAAUAUUUCAUCGCCAACAAAUCAAAUGCAAGUACAUAAUGAAGAAACGUGGACAAAUUUUCAUGUACCUUGGGAAGCUAUAGAGCCCACAGUACUUAAAGAAUUAGAAACAGGAAAUCGUACCAAAUAUAUAAUACAUGCUGUUGUAAAUCGUACAAUUUCUGAAAUGAGAAAUUUUAGCGAAUUUAUUCUGUCUAAAGCUUUCAAGAUAAUAGCUGAGAAGAUUAUCGAUAAAUAUCCGCAAACAUUUAAAGAUAUGGAUGAAAAUGGUGAAAGUUUUGGAGAUGGGAUUCACACGUUAUAUUUAAAACUUUGUGAUAGAAAUAGUUAUCUUAAUAGACCACACAUGAAGAGAUCUUUAAGUCGAACUUUAAAUAUACCAUUAAGGAAACAAAGAAAAAUUUUAUCUGCCAAAGCUGGAUGCAGCAAUUGGCAACCGGAACAAUAUGUUGAUUCAGAAACCGAAGAUACAAUUGAAGACAAGAUUGAAUUUGUACGUCGAAUGGCUCUACAGGGUUCUCCAACAAUUGAUACUGAACAAGAUAAAAUUUAUUCAUAUAUGGAAAUAACAUAUCCUGCACAAAGAUUAUUCCUCAAUAAUGUUCAUAAACCGCCAACAAUUCAAGAUAUAAAAACCUCAUGGCCAAUACUUUUACGAAAAAGAUAUAUGUUCUGGCAUUACCAGAAAUUAAUGGGACAUUCUAUAAAUGUUCUACAAGAACAAAUGUUAAAAAAAGGGAAAAUGUUGUCUUAUGGGCGUAUGAAGAAAUACCAAGAUAUUAUUGAUUCAACUAAUCCAAUAGAGUUCAAAUUAAUAAAGAUAAUUAUGAGACAUUUUAAGGAAGAUUUUGACAUAUUAUUUAAAACAUAUCCUUACGACGUAAACUUAAUACAAAUUUUGACUCCAACAUUCCCUUAA